AUGUUACAUGAGGAGCAGUUGGAGGUGUUACAGUACCUCGCUCAAGGGCACCUCAUCCAGGGAUGUGAAUAUGGAAGAGAAGAACUAAAGGUCAAACUGCAGCCCAUUCAGAACAAGCUGGACACCUUUAAAAAGGCUAAAGAAACCUGUGAUGAAACUGCCCAACACAUUACAGUCCAGGCUCAACACACAGAGAGGCAGAUCAAGCAGGAGUUUGAGAAGCUUCACCAGUUUCUACGAGAUGAAGAGGCAGCCAGGAUAGCUGCACUGAGGGAGGAAGAGGAGCAGAAGAGUCAGGUGAUGAAGGAGAAGAUUGAGAAGAUGAGCAGAGAGAUCUCAUCUCUUACAGACACAAUCAGAGCCAUAGAGAAGGAGAUGGGAUCUGAUGACAUGUCAUUUCUACAGAACUACAAGAGCACAGUGGGAAGAGCCCAGUGCACACUGCAGGAUCCAGAAACAGUUUCAGGAGCUCUGAUCGAAGUGGCAAAACAUCUGGGCAACCUGAAGUUCAGAGUUUGGGAGAAGAUGCAGAAUGUGGUUCAGUACACUCCUGUGACUCUGGAUCCCAACACGGCAUUCCCAGAACUCAUCCUGUCUGAGGAUCUGAGCGGUGUGAGAUGGGGUGAUGAGGUGCAUCAGCUUCCUGAUAACCCAGAGAGACUAGAUAAGCAUGCCAGUGUCCUGAGCUCUGAGGGCUUCAACUCAGGGACUCACUGCUGGCAUGUGGAGGUUGGAGACAGUGUUAGCUGGUUCCUGGGGGUGAAGACAGAGUCUGGGGAGAGGAAGGGAUGGGAUCCCGAAAUGAGUGGAGUUUGGAGAGUGCAAUAUUCUAAUGGUAAUUAUACAGCACACUCCCCAUCCCAGCCAGACACCCCCAUCACAGUGCAGCAGAAACUCCAGAGGAUCAGAGUGCAGCUGGACUGGGACAGAGGAGAACUCUCAUUCUCUAACGCUGAUAAUAACACACACUUACACACUUUCACACACACUUUCACCGAGAAACUUUUUCCAUACUUUUACACAUAUUCUUCUCUGAGUAUCUCACCAGUGAAGGCUGCAGUAUCAGUAGAGCAGCUCAGGUAG